UCAAAGAUUUGAAAAGGUACAGCAAGGAGUGAAAAGUGCAAUAUAGACAAGGCACUUAAUAAGGUAAAAGCAAGGGUGAGGAAGAGUCUUCAAUAACUAGAAGAUAAAAAUUAUCUUUGCUUCAUAGAUGUGCACGAAUGACACUAAGACUGUCUAAUAUCAUAAUCUAAAAUUAUAAGAGAACGUGUUUAUCAAAAGGGAACAUUACAACCCCGAACACCUUCUCUAGCUAGGUGGUGGAACCCACAGACUCUUGAACUUCAGGAUGGUUUAUGCUAAGAGCUGGACCCUGAAGAAGCACUUCGAAGGCAGCCCCCCUCGUGGUAACUUGGAGUUGAAGACAGUUGAACUCCCACCCUUCAACAACGGAGAGGUCCUGCUGCAAGCUUUGCUCCUCGCUGGGGAUCCUUACCUGGGAGUGGCAGCCAAACGACUGAAGGAGGGUGAUGCGAUGAUGCGGCAGCAAGUGGUCAGAACUGUGGAAAGUAAAAACUCAGCCUUCCCAACAGGAACUAUGGUAGUGGCUUCUUCAGGCUGGACAACUCACUCCAUUUCUGAUGGGAAAGAUCUGGAAAAACUGCCUGCAGAGUGGCCAGACAUUUUAACCACAAAACAGUAGAGUCUUUGGAAAAAACUUUGAAAAAAAGCCUCUCCUGAUGGUUAUGAUUGUUAUUUUGAUAAUGUAAGUAGAGAGUUUUCAAACAGUGUUAUCCUCAGAUGAAGAAAUUUGGAAGAAUUGCUAUAUGUGGGGCCAUCUCUGUAUAUAAUAGGCCCACCCCCAGAGAAUAUUCUCCAUCAGCAACUCCACACGGUAGGGUUCAUUGUCACCCACUGGCAAGGAGAAAUCUACCAGAAGGCUUUGAAAGACUUGCUGAAAUGGGUCUUGUAGGGUAAAAUCCAGUACCAUGAAUACAUCAUUGAAGGGUUUGAAAACGUGCCAGCUGCAUUUAUGGGAAUGCUGAAAGGCGGUAAUUUGGGGAAAAGCAUAGUGAAAGCGUGAAAAAAAAAAGUUACAUGGAAUCUAGAACUCAUUUGGAUGGUUACCACAUGUCUUUUUAACCAUUUAGUAAAAAUAUAUACUACCUUCAUUAUCUAAGAAAUUGCAAUGAGUUUGGUCUACCUAAUAAAACACAUUUAAGUGGGGAAAUAAAAAAAGGGAACAUUAACCUCUAAAAAACGAUUGUUAAAGUAGAAGUCAUUGCUUAAAUAAAGCAACAUAUGAUUUUUA